AUAAUCAUUUCUUUUAAUAGUAGCGGGAAGAGUCUAGAACCAACUGACUUCACUGUGCAUGGCUUCUGCUUUGAUCAAAUCUAACAUUAUUCGCUCCGCCCUCCGCGGCGGUGCUUCUGGUGGAACUCCAGCGCCGGCAUUAAAGAGGACUUUCGCUUCUUCCACGUCCCACCAUGAUGAGGCCCGUGAAGCAGCUAAGUGGGAGAAAAUAACUUAUAUUGGAAUAGUUACGUGUGCGAUUCUUACAAUCUUUAAUCUCGCUAAGGGUCAUCCUCAUCAUGAAGAGCCUCCUCCUUAUCCGUAUCUGCACAUUCGUAACAAGGAGUUUCCAUGGGGUCCGGAUGGCCUUUUCGAGAAGAAGCAUCACUAAAACCAGUAUAUCUAUCCGUGAAGGCUUUAAAAAGUUAAACCUACUGUAUCAUUGAAGUUGUGUGAAAUAUGUUUUGAAUUUUCUUCAGAUGUUUUAUGUUGAUACUUAACCAUAUCUCUGAUGUACGCUUUGGUGGUUUCAUAUUGUGCUGUCUAUUGUGUUUCUUGCAGUGUACUCUGUAUAAAAUAAAAAAUAAAGAAAUUGUUUAA